UUGUUACAAAACGAACAAAUUUACCAUUUAUUCGCCGCACGAAUGUUGUAAAUAAAGGGGAAAAUUGGCUCCAUUUAGUAAAUUAAACACAUGAUAGAGAGAAACAAGUAUAUCCGGACAGUUAAUUUACGGUCGCCGCACCGAAUUUAUGUGGCUAAUACCGUAGCUCGGGUCAUUUAACUUUAUUUUUGUUAAAUUAUACUGUCCCCAUUGAAAACAGUUUUAAAAAAUUACAAUCGAUAAUUGUAAUAUUCAUCCGGCGGUCGUCGUGUUGCGCGAGUGAACGCGUAAAAAUUUUAACUAAACGCGUAGAAUGGAGUAUCAGAAUCGGUUGUGUAUGAAAAAAUACUUGAUAUACACAAUGGAUUUGAUGCGGUUUAGUAUUAAUUAAACGAGUCACUGAUCAUUGCGCGUCUCUCAUGUAGACGAAUUCUCUUUUUAAACAUGUAAUAUUUUUUCUCGACGCUGUUUCAAGUUGUAAUUGUAAAUAAUGAUGUUCUGGAUUGUUUCUCUGGUGGCAAUUAUUUUGCACUUUAGUUCUGCACAAACAAAACCUGAAUCGCAAGGUUAUUGUGCACCAUACAAUGGAAAGAUCUGUAAGAACUAUUUAACUGGAAUUGGAAAUGUAUGGUUCAAUGAAUCUAACGACAAUCCUGCAGGAUGGUUAAAUGAGCAAAUCACUGCUAACUUAUGGGAGGAAUUGAUAAAAAGGCUUGUUGAACCAUGUCGCUCAGCUGCAGAGAAAAUGCUGUGCAUGUAUGCCUUUCCACAAUGCCAUAACUCAGUUGGCCUACCAUUAUGUUACGAAGACUGUAUGGCAGUGCGCCAUCAAUUUUGUUUUAACGACUGGGCAAUGAUUGAGGACAACAAGCAAAGGGAUAUCUACAUACGAUCAAGAGGUCAUUUUACACUGCCAGAAUGUGAAACACUGCCAAAAGUAGUUAAAGGAAAAAUGACCUGUUCUCAUAUUCAAUUGACCGAUAUGAACGAAGAUCUAGUUACACAUGACUGUGUCAGAGGCAACGGUAGAUUCUACAUGGGCAAGAUGAACAAAACUAAAUUAGGUCUGGACUGCCAGGCAUGGAAUGCGCAAAUGCCUCACAGUCAUGACAGACCACCGGAUGUCUUCCCUCAAAUUCGUAAUGGAGAAAAUUAUUGUAGAAACGCGGGCGGAGACGAACCAAUGCCAUGGUGUUUUACAAUGGAUCCUAACACACGAUGGCAACAUUGUGAUAUUCCUAUAUGCGAUAACGUAACGAGUAAAGUUCUGGAGAUAGAUGCAAAUAACUUAGCAAUGGAUACGCUGUUUACGCCAACAUUUAUACUGAUACUAUCCUCACUAGGAUUUAUAAUCAUAGCUGGGACUGUGUUAUCCAUUAUUCUGAGUCACAGGCUUCACAAGAGACACCAAGGGUACAAUCCCACAGACAACCAGUACGUCAGUAUCGAUUUGGAUAAAUUGCCGAGCAACGACGCAUACCAUAAAACGAGCGCGCAGCUUAAUCCGAAACUAGAGAAACUCGAGUUCCCGAGAAAUAACAUUAUCUACGUUCGAGACUUGGGUCAGGGCGCGUUUGGCAGAGUAUUCCAGGCAAAGGCGCCUGGGCUCGUACCGGGCGAAGAAUUCACCAACGUCGCUGUGAAAAUGUUAAAAGAGGAAGCUUCGGAUGAUCUACUGAAGGACUUUGAACGCGAAGCGUGCCUCCUGGCCGAGUUCGAUCAUCCGAACAUCGUAAAAUUGUUAGGCGUAUGUGCUUUAGGUCGGCCGAUGUGCCUCCUCUUCGAGUACAUGGGUCGCGGUGAUCUGAACGAAUUUCUACGCUCCUGCUCGCCGGGAAAUUACAUUAUCCGAAGCGUGGGUAAGGACGAGCAUUUCACGGAUUCCCGCUUGUCGCACAUGGACUUGAUCAACAUCGCGCUCCAAGUAGCGUCCGGGAUGGUAUACUUGUCCGAUAGAAAAUUCGUUCAUCGAGAUCUCGCGACGAGAAACUGUUUGAUCAACGAUCAAAUGAUUGUGAAGAUAGCGGACUUCGGAUUGUCGCAGAAGAUCUACCUGCAGGACUAUUACAAAGGCGACGAACAAGACGCGAUCCCGGUCAGAUGGAUGCCUCUUGAGAGUAUAUUGUACAACAAGUAUACCGUAGAGUCCGAUGUAUGGGCGUUCGCGGUUUGCUUAUGGGAGAUAUUCAGCUUCGCGCUUCAACCUUAUUAUGGGAUGACGCACGAAGAAGUUGUAAAGUAUAUUAAGGAAGGCAACGUGCUUCAGUGCCCGGAGAAUACGCCACCGGCGAUAUACGAUCUGAUGAAGCUCUGUUGGAACAGGAGACCAUCGGACAGACCUACCUUCAGAACAAUUUACAAUACCCUGGACACUAUAAAAUACAAUCUAGAAGCAGAGAACAAGUCGGAUAGCGUACCGUUGCGUAUUCACGUGUGAAGCUCGAUAGUGAUUUGUCCGUAGGGGGAAUUCAUUCAAUUACGCGAUCAAGUAAGUGAUAUUUACGCAAACGACAACGUAAGUAAAUUAUACAUGUUACAUGCAACUGCCUUUGUUAUGUUUGUUAUGUAGCCUUAUCGAGCGGAUCGAACGAAAUAUUUAUAAAAGAAAUAUGGUGACACGUAUUAGCGAUUAAUAUUACGUUUGCGCGUUUAUGUAAAAUUGAAUCUCAAUCAUGGUUUAUGAGUGCCGAAACCGUCGUCUAUAUCUAUUUAUUAAUAAUUUAUUUAGAUUCACGUUAAGAUUAAGUAAAUGAGCACAUAUAUACCGCGCGUGCAAUGGAAUCUUGAUUUUACAUUUGCAUUCAGUCUCGUAAGAUUAUGUGCAGUAUCAACGAAUUUUAUCACAAUACAAUAAUUAACUGCCACUAAAAGAUUAGAAAUCCAUUCAAAUGAUGAAUGAAACCUAACGAUACAAAGGCGUCAGUGGUAGUAUCGUAAUGAUAAAAAUGCUUAUUACAUAAGUAAUGAAGGAGAAUUCCUUCAUGUGCAACGGAAAUAGUAGAUUAAUUUGGUGUGUUGCUAUUAAUAUUAACUACAAUUGGAAUGAAAUGUUCUUACACGACAACGAGAGAUACUUACAAAUAUUUAUUUAACGCUGUGCGGAAAGAAUCUUGAUUAAUUUUGAUCGGAGAAAGUAAUGAAUCUUUUGUACCGUUCGUCGUUCCGAUAUUUACGAAUUUUUUAUACUUGUUAUAUACGUAUCUAUUAAUAGAAAUUUAAAGACUGACAACGCAUUUUGUAGCUCACGUAAUUUUUACAUUGACUAUGAGUGCGACGAGCACUUCCGUCUCAUCUUUUAUCCAACUUUUUGAUACUUCUUUUAUGAAUAAGAAUAUUUAGUUGUACUAGUUGACCUGAUCAUGAACCGUAUUUAUACGUACGUGUAAUUGCAUGUACUAGAAAAUGCAUCUCCGAUGUUUCUUUACCUUUAGAACCGAAAUACUUUAAGAGGCAUUCGAUUAUGCUAACAGAAAAGCGGACUAACUUUCCUACAUACAUAAAUAUAAAUAUAUAUAUAUAAAGCAAAAAAAGAAUAACGAUGUUUUACUGGAGUCUAAGACAGAUAAUACUUUAUAUAUAUAUAACUGUGAACGAUUUGGCUAUAAAAAAAAAAUGGGUUUAUAUUUAGCAACGUUAUGUGUAAACUGUCCUUAUAAUUGUUAGAUGUUAGAAUCGUUGCUGUACCAAAAAGCAUAGCCUAUUUAAUGUACGAAGAAUAAUACCCCUAAAAAGCUAUUAUGACGGAUGUUACGGUAAAGAGGAAGGAAAUACAUUAAGUGAGUGUAUACUGUGCAGCUGUUAUACAUAAGGUUUGGAAGUAAAUCAUUAUUGUACCGUGAAUGAUAUUCACAUGAAUGUUUUACUUGUAACAUAGAUGAUUAUUCAUUCGAAUACUUGAUUUAUUCUACAUACGUACGAUUAUCGAAUGGAAUUUUUCACGAAUUGAGCAGAAUUUAGUACGAAUCCUUUCGCACUUUAAUUUUGCACCGAUUUUUUGUGAUAUAGUUUAAUCUCUGUGUCAACGAAUAUUAUCACACUCGUCGCUACCCCGUCGCUGCAUUCCAGUAAAUGUCUCACUCGUCAGUAUUUUUACAGCAAUUUGUACCCAUGUAUAUGUUACAAAAUGUUCGUUUAUGGAUGUUGUAUUUCCUACGCUUACGUACAUAGAAGCCUAUAAGUAAGUAGUGAAUGUGAUUGAUCAUGUUUCGGUUUCAAAAGCGGACCUAAUUGCCUCGGCUAUCAUUUUUGGUUGAGCAUUAACAGAUGACAAAUUACUAGAUCUAAUACGGUGCUCUUCCACGAAUCUUUUUAUACACACGAAUUUUUAUAUCGUGAAAAGAAAAAGAGAAACAAAGAGGGAACUCUACUAAGUCUGUGCUCUUACGUCUGUGUAUUUGUAUCCUGUGUAAGUAGUAGAGCUGUACGUGAUAUGAUAAUGCGAUUUGAUACGCGCACGAUAAGCACGUGUCUGUGACCAAGGAAAAAACUUUUGGUAUUAUGUAGGUACACACUUCGUUGAGUUCAGAUGUGUUAUUGACGAUGGUAGAUCUCUAUUUCUGAAUUUUAUGUACAACAAACUAAUCUAAUAUCUGUAAGAACAUCGAGAUUCCUCGAUAGUCUAUUUUAAACGUUUAGAAGGAGUUAGUAAAUGCGCAGAGAAAAAGAGACUAAUUGAGAGUUCCGUUUCAUUUCACUAUAAACGAUCAGCUAAAGAAACUAAAUAAAGAUUGCGUACCUUAUUACUGCGAAUAUCGAGGAAUUAUCAGUGAGAUACUACGAUCAUGUUGACAAAAAAAAAAAAUACUGCUAUGAAACUUUUACUGAUGUACAACUUUUACAAGGAAUAAACAACCAAUUUCAUAUA